AUGGCUCGGGCAUGCGGGCUGGGUCUGCUCUUAGCACUGCUGCUGCCUGUGGUCGGCACCUCCCUGCCGGGCACCGUGGUCAGACUCAACGAGGCUGUGCUGAGCUACGUGUCGGAAAUCGGGAAAGCCCCUCUUCAGCAGGCUCUGCAGGUCACAGUCCCGUAUUUCUUGGACUGGAAUGGCGAGGUGCGUCAGCCCACCAGGAUCCAGAUUUCGAAUGUCCAUGUGCCCCAAUUCAACCUGAAAUUCAUUGCCGAUUUGGGGAUACGAAUGUUGGUAGCAGCCAAUUUUACUUUCAAGGUCUUUCGAGUCCCCGAGCCCCUGGAGCUGACGCUACCCGUGGUCCUGCUGGCCGACGCCACCGUGGCUCAGGGCUCCAUCAGGACCCCCGUGGUCACCAUCUCUGCCUGCUUCCCACUCUUCAACAACGCCGCGGUGCUUGAGGGCAGUGCCAGCGUGGCCCCUGGGCUGCUGGUCCCGGUGCAGAAGCACAUCAAAGCUGUGCUGCGGAACAAGCUAUGCCUGAGCAUCUCCAACCUGGUGCAAGGCCUCAAUGUCCACCUGGGCACUUUAAUUGGCCUCAACCCUGUAGGUCCGGAGUCCCAGAUUCGCUACUCCAUGAUUAACGUGCCCAGCAUCACUAAGGACUACAUUUCCUUGGAUAUCAGUGCCGUUCUCUUCCUCCUGGGCAAGCCCAUCGUCCUGCCCGUGGAGGCCUCCCACUUUGUGCUGCCAGCUCACGUGGGUGCCGAGGGUGCCAUGGCAACCGUGGGCCUCUCCCAGGACCUGUUUGACUCUGCCCUCCUGCUGCUGCAGAAGGCGGGUGCCCUCAACCUGGACAUCACAGGGCAUCUGAAGUCAGAGGACAACCUGCUGAACACCUCCAUGCUGGGCCAGCUCAUCCCUGAGGUGGCCCGCCAGUUCCCCAAGCCCAUGCCUGUGGCACUCAAGGUGCGGCUGGGUGCCACACCUGUGGCCACGCUUCGUACCAACAAUGCCACAAUUCAGCUGCAGCCCUUCGUGGAGGUCCAGGCUGUGGCCUCCAACUCGGCUUUCCAGUCCCUCUUCUCCUUUGAUGUGGUCGUGAACCUGAGCCUCCAGCUCUCCAUGUCCAAGGUGAAGCUUCAGGGGACCACCUCUGUGCUGGGGGAUAUCCAGCUCACCGUGGCCUCCUCCAAUGUGGGCUUCAUCAAUGCAAAUCAAGUGCGCCCGCUCAUGGACACCCUGUUUCAGAAGCCCCUGCUUGAUCACCUCGAUGCUCUCUUGGGCAUGGGGAUCGCCCUCCCCAACGUGGUCAACCUCCACUAUGUCAACCCUGAGGUCUUUGUCUACGAGGGCUACGUCGUGAUAUCCAGCGGACUCUCAUACCAGCACUGAAGUGGGACCAUCAGGAGAGCUAAAAGGGGCCAGCUCCCUGCUUCAGGGACUCUCUUGCUUCAAGUCACUUGGGAAACUGAGGCAGAGCCACAUGCGAGCUGGAUGAUCCAGCCAGGCUGUUUAGUCUUCACUGAGUGCCUGAGCUCCCCUCCCUCCCCUCGAAUCCUUUCCCUGCCCCCUUCCCUCCCCUCCU